AAGCAAUGGUGUGUCAACUUCCGCUGUUAAUGUAAAUACAAAAUGGCUGGGAUACCGGACUACAUCGAGAGAAAAGGCUCUCUGUUCUUAAGAUCAAAUCAUAUGAACUAUGGAAGGGCCACAUUAAACUCGAACUGGCACCAGGCCAGAGAGGCAGAGCCAAAAGAUUACGACAUUAGUCUAGGAGAUGAACGUAAUCUGUGUAAAGCUACAUACAACAGGAUAGGAGAUGUAACUGAUGGGUCCCUGAACAAGACUACUUAUCAAGAUCAUGCUGAACAAACCAAUCUAAAGAAGGAUUUUGAGGAACAAGUUGUGAGGACACCAAUGAUGAACAUGAAUACUGUGGAACAUGCUCACCUUGACAGAGAUUUAGGCACACCUCAGCGGGGAUUUGGUGCAGUUCUACCGAGGCAUAAUCCCGAGUACAAUAAAUGCCACUUAGAAACAACUCACAGAGCAGACUAUCAACCCCCAGACUCAGAUUACACCCCUGUCCCUGAGAAGCCUGCUGAUUUUCCUGACCUGUCAGCUGCAUACAGGAAAUGUAACUCUCAGUUUACGGACACUGCCGACUAUCGGCGCCCUGGCCGCAACACUUGGCAGGACGAGAGUGGAGUGUACGCUAAUACACACUACAAACGACAGGUCAUCCGGAGCACUAAUCCCAUCCCUCCACAAACCUCCUGAGGCCCCACAGGAGGGCAAUCUCUGUAUAUACUGUGUACAUAAUCUAGAGCUGUUAGUGUCAAUAAAGUCCUGUUAUUCACAAGUC